GUUAUUACAUUUGAGUGGUCUUUAAAUGAAGAGUUGAGUUAACAGUAAAUAUUGAUUGAAUUGUCAGUCGAUGUGAUUAGUGUUGUACUCAAUGGAUGCCAAUGUCCGCAGUGGUGGCCAACAAAGUACCGGCGGUUCUGAAUACUUGAGUCUGGACUUCGGGCCAAUGGAAACUGUCCACCGAUGGCGACGAUGUUGUGAAUGCGAUGAAUUUGUGGGCAGCCGUCGGUCCAAACAUACGAUUGUCAGCUAUAAGUCGGCGAUUUAUGUCUUCGGCGGCGACAACGGAAAGCAUAUGUUGAAUGAUUUGUUGCGAUUUGAUGUCAUCGACAACUCUUGGUGUCGGGCCUUCACGUUAGGAAUUCCGCCGACCAGUCGUUAUCAUCAUUCGGCUGUUGUUUACGAAAAUUCGAUGUUUGUCUUCGGCGGUUAUACGGGAGAUAUACACUCCAACUCAAACUUAACAAAUCGCAACGAUUUAUAUGAAUACAAAUUCACUUCUGGCCACUGGACAGAGUGGAAGUUUGACACAAAGUUAAUGCCUGUCCCCCGAUCAGCACAUGGAUGCGCUGUUUAUGACCAAAAGCUAUGGAUUUUUGCUGGUUAUGAUGGCAAUGCUCGGCUUAAUGACAUGUGGACAAUACCAUUGACCGGUGAUCAUCGAGUUUGGGAAGAAGUACAGCAAAUCGGUGACUGUCCGCCCACUUGUUGUAAUUUUCCUGUAGCCGUUGCCCGCGAUUGUAUGUUUGUGUUUAGCGGUCAAUCGGGAGCUAAAAUGACAAACGAUUUGUUUCAAUUUCAUUUCAAAACCAAAACAUGGACCAGAAUUGCCACAACUGAACACAUCUUGAGAGCACCUCCGCCGCCAUCUCGACGUUAUGGCCAUACAAUGGUUGCUUUUGAUCGACACUUAUAUGUGUUUGGAGGUGCAGUUGAUUCAACCCUUCCCAGUGAUUUGCACAGUUUUGAUUUGGACACCAAAACCUGGUCAGUGGUUCAGCCAUCAUCUGAUAGUGAAGUGCCAUCUAGUCGUUUGUUUCAUGCGGUCACUGUUAUCAGUGACGCUAUGUAUGUGUUUGGCGGAACAAUUGACAAUAACACCCGAAGCAGUGAAUUAUUUCGAUUUCAAUUUUCAUGUUAUCCAAAAUGUACUCUUCAUGACGAUUUUGGACGACUUCUGGAGAAGAAACAUACAAAAGAAGAGGUAAACUUUUAUGACUUGGAGUUUAUUGUCAGCAACAAUGAUAGUACACAAGUGACGACAAUCCCGGCACACAUAGCUUUCUGUGCCGCGCGAUCUCAUUACUUGAGAAAUAAAAUAAGAGCCGCACAAGACUUAAGACUAGAUUCUGGUUUGCCAUCAAUGGAUCGACAAAAUAGUUUCGAUGAUAAGCCACGUCUGCAGAUAAUGUUGAAGAAUGUGAAUCCGGAUGCACUGGAACUGGUGCUUAACUAUAUCUAUACGGAUAGAAUUGAUCCAAACAAGAAAUCAAAGGAUCCAUUAAGUAAUAAGAUAGUCCUACUGAUGAUGGAUGUCUAUACUCUUGCCGUACGAUUUCAAAUGAAACGAUUAGAGCACUUGUGUGUACUGUAUCUGAACGCCGCAAUCAAUCACUCCAAUGUAUUGGUUGCCAUUCAAAAUGCCACUCAAUUGAAAUUGGAUUUUAUUAAAGAGUUUUGUAUGAAAUUUAUAGUGAAAGAGCAAAACUAUUCACACAUUGUUAUGAGCAAAGAAUUUGAGACAUUAUCUCAGCCUUUAAUGGUUGAGAUUAUUAGACGAAAACAAAUGCCAAACGUUCGUACAUUUGGAUCUAAUUUAGACUCAAAGCAUUGUAAUCCAAAUACGUCUAGUCUUAGUCGCGAUAAGACUAAUGGGAAACCGGCAACAUUUGGCACAACUCUUGAACAGGAUAUGGAACUGUUUCUUACGUCUUCUGGUAAAGAGUUUUGCGACAUUACUCUUAUGGUAGGAUCUCACGGAAUUAGUACUCAUAAGAGUGUAUUAGCUGCUCGUUCAGCUUAUUUUGAGGCCAUGUUUCGGUCAUUGCCACCACAGAACAAUAUGGUGACCGUCACUAUCGGUGAAUUGGUGCCAUCGGUUCAAUCAUUUGAGACAUUAUUGCGUUAUAUAUAUUAUGGUGAAGUCAAUAUGCCUCCAGAGGAUAGUCUAUAUUUAUUUACUGCUCCCAACUUCUAUGGAUUUACAAACAAUCGUUUGCAGACAUUUUGUAAGCAAAAUCUUGAAAUUAAUGUUACGGCAGAUAAUGUCAUUCAAAUACUGGAGGCGUCCGAUAAAAUCAAAGCAAAUGAAAUGAAGAAACACGCCCUCAAUCUUAUAGUACAGUCGUUCCCCAAAGUGGCCCGAUUGCCACUAAUACGUGACCUCAGUCGCCAAUUAUUACUGGACAUUAUCGGCGCACUGGCCGAUGCUAAUGCAGAGUACAAUGAUAGCCCAUUGCUCAGUAGUGGUAUAUCAACUGACACUAUCCUUAAUAUAUAA